UCCAAACAAGAGCGUCCUCAUAAAGGCCUGUGGUUCCUCUUCUUCUCACCUUUCUCUGGUCUCUCUCUCUCUAUCUCUCUUCGCUAUCGUCGCUAUCGUUCCCUGCGAUUCUCUACAAUCUCAUCCUCUCAGGUUCAUCCUCUUUUCGAUCCACCGCUGGCAACCAUGAGUGAUGAAGGAGAGAAGACUUGCCCCCUCUGUGCAGAGGAAAUGGAUUUGACAGAUCAGCAAUUAAAGCCUUGCAAGUGUGGCUAUGAGAUAUGCGUUUGGUGUUGGCAUCACAUAAUGGACAUGGCUGAGAAGGAUGAGACUGAGGGCCGGUGUCCAGCAUGUCGUGUUCCUUAUGACAAGGAAAAGAUUGUAGGGAUGGCAGCCAACUGUGAAAGGUUGGUAGCAGAGAUCAAUAUGGAGAGAAAAUUGAAGUCACAAAAGUCCAAAACUAAAUCAUCUGAAGGAAGGAAGCAACUUAGCAGUGUGCGAGUGAUUCAGCGGAAUCUUGUCUAUAUAGUGGGUUUACCUCUUAAUCUAGCAGAUGAGGAUCUUCUCCAGCGCAGAGAAUAUUUUGGUCAGUAUGGAAAGGUUCUGAAAGUGUCUAUUUCUAGGACAGCAGCUGGCACUAUUCAGCAUUUCCCAAACAGUACUUGUAGUGUAUAUAUUACUUUCUCAAAGGAGGAUGAAGCAGUUCGAUGUAUUCAAACAGUACAUGGGUUUGUCUUGGAUGGUAGAUCCUUGAGGGCAUGCUUUGGAACUACGAAGUAUUGCCAUGCAUGGCUGAGGAAUGUGCCUUGCAGCAAUCCUGAUUGUCUAUAUUUGCAUGAGAUUGGUUCACAAGAGGAUAGUUUCACUAAAGAUGAGAUAAUUUCAGCAUACACAAGGAGUAGAGUUCAACAGAUUACUGGUGGUGCCAAUAAUCUGCAACGGCGUUCAGGAAAUGUGUUGCCCCCCGCAGCAGAUGAGUACUUGAAUAACAGCUCUACUUCAGCAGGGAAAGCUAUCGUCAAAAAUGCUUCAAAUCAGAAUCUGGCUGGUGUUGUCAGAGGUUCUCCUCCAAACGGUAGUUCUGGUAGAUCAAUUACUCUUCCUGCAGCAGCCUCAUGGGGAAUGCGUGCCUCCAAUUGCCAUCCACCAGCAGCAGCCAGUUUAACUUGUUCCAAUGGGUCUUCCAAAGAGAAACCUGACACAUUAAGUGGUUCAUUGCCAUUUUCAUCUGCAAUUGCAAGCACAACACUUACUUCUAAAGUACAUAGUGAGACAGGAAAGAAGCCUUCAUCGAAUGAAGAAAGUCAACAAGCACAAUCUAAAGGUAGACUUGAGAUUUUGGACUCUGUGAAACCGUAUGGUAGCAGUGAUUGUCCAGCUACUGAAUCAGAGACAACUUUUACAUCAGGUGGGGCUUCUGCCACUGUAACUGUGACGGACCAGUUGUCUUGUCCACCAGCAUCUGGUGAUAGUGAUAGUGGCACUGGUUCGCUACCAAAUGUCAGCAGUUCUCUUGAUCUUAGCAGUCAGUCUUGUAGCCCAGAAAAAGGCAUGGGUGUUGCUACUGAUGGGAAGAUUCAAAGCAUAAGCUCUAUUAUGUCAUCAGUGAGCAUUGAUGAACGGCUUGGAAAUGAGCAUUCUGGUGUUAUCAAACCUAACUUUCAAUUUUCUGAUCAUGUUCCUAUGAAAUUGCCCAUGGUGGGGAAUCUGGACUUGCCACAAUGUUAUGCUGAGCAGUUAAGAGAACCUUUAGCUUCACCCGCAGCUAGAAAAACUGCGACACCAAUUAAUUGUGCGGCUGUUCCCAGAGAGCAAAGUGACUUGAGAUCAGAUUCUCCAUCUCAAGGAGUUCAAGGUGCAUUACAUGAUGCAGAAGAUAAUUUGCUAUUUUUUGACAAUCAAAGACUCAAUUCAGAAGUUAUUAACCAUACAACUUUGCCUUCUUCAUCUCAUUUCUUAAAUCAUUCAAGGAGUAGUUCUGUGCGUUCUAGUGAGGCUUAUUGUCUUGAUUCAAACUCUCAAAUUGUAUAUAAGAAAGCCAGCGAAGGUUUGUCUCCUGACUAUCCACAGUCAUCCAGUGUAUCAGUAUUAUCUAAUGGAUACCCCGAGAAUCCUAGUGGUCUGAAUAGGACUGUUGGGCAUCCCUAUGUGCUUCUAAAAGAAGGGAAACCAGAGCAGAUGGGAAGACUUGGUUGUGAAGGUGCCAACAUUAGCAGUACUGCUGUUGAUAUGGGAGAGAGCAGCAUAAUUUCAAAUAUAUUGUCCAUGGAAUUUGAUGCUUUGGAUGACUCGUUAACUUCGCCACAGAAUUUGGCCAAAAUGCUUGGUGAAAGAGAAAUACAGCAUGGUUCCCUGAAAUUAUCGAACUCCUGGAAAGUACAAAACAACAAUCAGUCCAGGUUCUCUUUUGCAAGAGAAGGGGAGUCUAAGAAUAAAGUAUUUGAUGUUGAACCAUCUUUUGAUAAUUUUGGGGUAGCUGUAGUGCCAAAAAACCAUUCUUUCAGCCAGAAUUUUGUUGAAGACAGAGAUCCUCAUUUGGAUAGGCUUGGCAAUGGUAAUGUUUUCCCUUCCAGUUAUGUUGAGGAGUCUGAUAGUUUCGUGAGCGGCCAUUCUUUUCUCCCUUCAAGUAAGCUUUCUGUUUCAAGAGCUCAAGUUUCUGCCCCACCUGGCUUCUCAGUGCCUAGCAGAGCGCCACCUCCAGGGUUUUUGUCUCAUGAAAGAAUGGACCAGACUUUCGACACGGCAACUGGAAAUCGAUUACUAGACACAUCCUCUUUGCUGAGAAAUCCUUACCAAGCCCUAGAAACUGUAAAUAUGGGCAACACUGGGGAUAUUGAAUUCAUAGAUCCUGCAAUUUUAGCAGUCGGCAAAGGGAGGCUUCCCGGUGGACUGAACAAUCCAGGGUUAGACAUGAGGUCAAAUGUCCCUUCACAGUAUAAUGCUUUUGAAAAUGAGGCAAGGCUUCAACUGUUGAUGCAAAGGUCUCUCUCACAACACCAGAAUAUUAGGUUUCCUGAUGUUGGGGAUAAAUAUUCUCCUCUUAGUGAUUCUUACGGUAUUCCUUCAAGGCUUAUGGAGCAAUCACAAACCAACAACGUAUCACCCUUUGCACAGAUGUCUCUACAGCAGUCUAGAAAUGCAUUGAUGUCAAAUGGCCACUGGGAUGGUUGGAAUGAGGUUCAAAGUGGAAACAACUUGGGCAUGGCAGAGCUCCUCCGAAAUGAGAGGUUGGGAUUUAACAAGUUUUAUGGUGGCUAUGAAGAAUCAAAGUUUCGGAUGCCCAAUUCAGGUGAUCUGUAUAACAGAACCUUUGGGAUGUGAUUUGUUGGUCAAAUGAUCUGUUUUGCUUCAAUGGCAAUGGUGUGGACACAGAAACGGAAGUCUUCUAAUGCCAGUUGGACAGCUUCAUUCUCAAGAGGAUGGGACUGAUUUUUAGCUGGUCUCGAUGAACUUCUUGGUGAAGAGGGUUUAACUCCCUGAAUUCCUCCAAACCAGCAGGUAUGGAUGCAUGGAUUGAACUUUGGUUUGAAUAAUGAGUCACCGAGUUGACCGGGUGUCUUCCAUCUCGGGUGCAUGCGUGGCCAUCAAUUCAGAAAUAUCCGUUUUUAAAAAUUUUUGUUUAUUCCUCUUAGUUGCACAUAUCUUUUUCACAUUGAUUUCAGCUACAGGGUUUUCCUCUUCCCUUAGUGCAUUUCCUACCUUAAGUGCUGCAAUCAUCUUAUCGAUGUAUAUAACUCUUGCACGGAUGCAUUGCUGUAACUUUUUUGAGUUCUUUACAUACUUCCCGUUCUUGUGGAAUGGAGUUGGGCAGCUCCUCUCUUUGUUGUACUGAUUGAUUUAUGUAUUUUUUCUCGAGCUUAUGACACAAUAUGGGAUUGUAUUGUGUUUGCAGGCGCCAACUUUGCUGAGAAUGAAGUUUGAUAAUGAAGGUCGUCAUGGAAUGCUGUCUAUGAAACUGCACGGGCUGAACCUCUAGAUAUCAUGUAUUGCUUCUAGUUGCAGAGGAGAGAGAAAUCAUGUUGGUCUUACAAACUCAAGAGUAUAGAUAAAAUUUAAAAACAAUUAUGACUCCUUGUUACAUAUAGAACAUGCAAUUUACAUGGACAAAAAAGGUUUGGUAGUGGGGAAAUAGGGGAUGAAUUCUCAUACGGUUCUUUAAA